GUUUGCCGUUUGGGUGGGAUUCCAGGUCUUAUUCAGCUGCUGAAAUGUGACAAUCCACAGCUGCAACAGAUCGCUGCCGCUGCACUGCGCAACUUAGUUUUUAAAGACAACAAUAACAAGCUUGAGGUGGAACGUUGCAAAGGAAUAGAGGCCAUUCUGACCUUGCUCAGAAACACCAAGAUUAUAGAAACACAGAAACAACUCACUGGUCUGUUGUGGAAUCUAUCCUCGGCUGAUGAGCUGAAGCCAAAGCUGAUCAAGAACGCCAUGCCUCUGCUUACAGAAAGCGCUGUGGUGCCUUACAACUUUUCGACUGAUAGCAACACUAACAAACACACUGACCCUGAGGUCUUCUACAACACCACUGGCUGUUUAAGGUGUGUUACAGAAACUGACUGUUUAGUACAAGAACACAGAGACAUCUGAACAGAUGAGGAAUUAAAUAAUAUUUUUAAGCAAAAAUAUAAUAACUGAGAUACUUGUUUGUUU